GGAGAGGUCACCGGAGCUGCGGCCGGAAGGCGAGGCCGGUGGUGCGGGCGGUGGUGCCGGUGGUGGGGACGACAGCUACGACGAGGUGUAUGCUCGGGAGAAGGAGCUGGAAGAGCGGCAACUGGAGCGGGACUGGUACGAUGCCGAGGAGUUCGGCACGGGUACGGACGACGCGGGGGCGGCUGCUCGCUUCGUGGGGGAUGAAGCGCUGUUCCAGCGCCGCACCGCCGACCUGCAGCGCCGCGUGCGCAAGGACGGCAGCACCAUGUCCCUCGCCGCCUCCCGCCGCGCCAACGAGCUGGAGAAGGCGCUCAACGCGUGGGAGGAGAACCGGCUGCUGACCAGCGGGGUGGUGCGGCUCAAGGAGGUAUCCCUGGACUUUGCUGACGAGGACGAGGCGCGUGUGAUGCUGCUGGUGCACGACACCAAGCCGCCCUUCCUGGAGGGGCAGGUGGUCAACAACAAGCAGGCCGACAUCGUGUUGCCGCUGAAGGACCCCACCAGCGACAUGGCGGUGAUCGCUCGCAAGGGCUCGGGGCUGGUGAAGCAGGUGCGCGAGAAGAAGGAGCAGCACAAGAGCCGGCAGCGGUUCUGGGAGGUGGCGGGCUCCAAAAUGGCCCAGAUCACGGGUCUCACGGGCGAGGAGGCGGCGGCUGCAGCGGAGGCGGAGGCGCAGCGGGUGGAGGAGGACAAGGAGGGGGAGGACUACCGAGCCGCAAGCCAGUUCAAGAGCCACCUCAAGAAGUCGGAGGCUGCCAGCGAGUUCAGUCGCAACAAGUCGCUGGAGCAGCAGCGGAGGAGCCUGCCCGUGUACGGAGUGAGGGACGAUCUGCUGCAGGUAAUCCGCGAGAACCAGGUGGUGGUGGUGGUGGGUGAGACGGGCAGCGGCAAGACCACCCAGAUGACCCAGUACCUGCACGAGGAUGGAUACACUAAGUACGGCACAAUUGGUUGCACGCAGCCCCGGCGAGUGGCGGCCAUGAGUGUGGCCAAGCGCGUGAGCGAGGAGAUGGGGGUCGAACUGGGGGCGGAGGUGGGCUACUCCAUUCGUUUUGAGGACUGCACCUCCGACAAGACGAUCAUCAAGUACAUGACGGACGGGGUGCUGCUCAGGGAGACGCUGAUCAACGAGGACGUGGACAGCUACAGUGUGGUGGUCAUGGACGAGGCGCACGAGCGCUCGCUCAACACGGACGUGCUGUUUGGCAUCCUCAAGAGGGUGGUGGCCAGGAGACGUGACUUCAAGCUCAUCGUCACCUCCGCCACCCUGGACGCCCAAAAGUUCUCCGACUUCUUCGGGUCCGUACCCAUUUUCACCAUCCCAGGCCGCACCUUCCCCGUGGACAUUCUGUGGAGUCGCACCGUGCAGGAGGACUAUGUGGAGGCGGCGGUGAAGCAGGCCGUCACCAUCCACCUGCGCGACGGUCCGGGUGACAUCCUCAUAUUCAUGACGGGCCAGGAGGAGAUCGAGGCCACCUGCUUCAGCCUGGCUGAGCGGCUGGACCACAUGCGCUCCUCGGGUAGUGACAUCCCCGAGCUGCUCAUCCUGCCCAUAUACAGCCAGCUGCCCUCAGACCUGCAGGCCAAGAUCUUCGACAAGGCGGACGAGGGGGUUCGCAAGGUGAUCGUGUCCACCAACAUCGCGGAGACCUCGCUCACGGUGGACGGCAUCCUAUACGUGAUCGACACGGGGUAUGUGAAGAUGAAGGUCUACAACCCCAAGAUGGGAAUGGACGCGCUGCAAGUGUUCCCCAUCAGCCAGGCGGCGGCGGGGCAGCGGUCGGGGCGGGCGGGGCGCACCGGACCCGGCACCUGCUACCGACUCUACACGGAGAGCGCGUUCAGGCACGAGAUGCUGUCCAUGAACGUGCCCGAGAUCCAGCGCACCAACCUUGCUAACGUGGUGCUGCUGCUGAAGAGCCUCAAGGUCCACGACCUGCUGGAGUUCGGUUUCAUGGACCCGCCCCCCCGCGACAACAUCGUCAACUCCAUGUACAACCUCUGGGUGCUGGGGGCGCUGGAUAACACGGGCUUGCUCACCCCUCUGGGUCGCCAGAUGGUGGAGUUCCCGCUGGACCCGCCGCUGGCCAAGAUGCUCCUCAGCGGGGCGGCCAUGGGGUGCAGCAACGAGGUCCUCACAAUCGUCUCCAUGCUCUCCGUGCCGCCAGUCUUCUUCCGCCCGCCCGACCGGGCCGAGGAGAGCGACGCGGCGCGUGAGAAGUUCUUUGUUCCCGAGAGCGACCACCUCACCCUGCUCCACGUGUACAACCAGUGGAAGAACAACGGGUACAGGGGUGACUGGUGCGACCGGCACUACCUGCAGGCCAAGGGGCUGCGCAAGGCCAAGGAGGUGCGGCAGCAGCUGGCCGACAUCCUGACGCAGGUGGGGCUGCCCGUCAGCAGCGCCGGCAGCGACUGGGACAUUGUGAGGAAGGCCAUCUGCUCCGCCUACUUCCAGAACGCCGGCAAGUUCAAGUCGGUGGGCGAGUACGUCAACUGCCGCACCGGCAUGCCCUGCCACCUGCACCCAAGCUCCGCGCUGUACGGGCUGGGUUACACGCCCGACUACAUCGUGUAUCACGAGCUGGUGUUCACCACAAAGGAGUACAUGCAGUGUGUGACGGCGGUGGAGCCCGAGUGGCUUGCGGAGCUGGGGCCCAUGUUCUUUAGCGUCAAGGAGGUGGGUGGCAGCCUGCUGGACAGCAAGCGCAAGCAGCGGGCGGACAAGGAGGCCAUGGCGGCGGAGAUGAAGGCGGCGCAGGCCAAGAAGGCGGAGGAGGAGGCCGCAGCUCGGGCGCGUGUCGAGGCGCAGAGGAGUCGGGAG